UAUGACAAUUCAACAUUAGAUAAUCCUGGCUUGUACUAUUUGAAUAAUUUUAACACCCUUGGUCGUAGCUUUGUAACACUGUAUGAAGAGAUGGUUGUUAAUAAUUGGUUCAUUCAAAUGGAAGGAUUUGUAUCGACUACUGGUAAAGCAGCAAGAUUGUAUUUCAUUUUAUUCUGGAUGGUGACAACACUUGUGGUCAAUAUUGCCAUAGUCUACAUUGUUGAUGCUUUUGAGUCUGGUAUAUUAGCAUUGAAGGCUAGUAAAAUGAAUGAAGAAACACCAUCAGGAGAAUUGAAAAGAGUAACUAAAAUAUUACUGAAAAGCUCUGAGGUUAGAAUCUUAUCGAAUGUGAUCCAUUUAAAAGUUGAACAUGAACGUGGGAAAGGCUUUUCAAUUAACAGAUGGAUCAGAAAACAUUAUGAUAUUCCUGCCAGAACAAUAGAGUUGUAUGGAGGUGAGUUUAGAGGAAAGAGAAUGAUGACAGAUGAUGACCUUCGAACUAUCAUCUACAAAGGAGAAAUAGAAGACUGGAAGGAGAAAUUUGAUGAAGAGUGUGCAAUGCUAGUGUCAAAACAAAAAGGAGACAGCAUAGCAAUUAACAAGGAGACUCCACGUGAACACGCAAAGAGAAUGAUUCUCAUGCUAGCUGAGAAAAUGAAGCAACUUUUCUUUUAUUUACUAGGAUGAAGAAUACUACUACAUUUAUUGUGUGUAUAUGGCAGUAUAUGUGUGUAUAAAUACACAUGAUGUGUGCAAAUAUUCAUAGUUAUUUUUGGAAUUAUAUUCAUUGUGCCAAACAAGAUGUUAUUGGAAUUGAA